UAUCCAGUGGAUAUUUUGGAGUUUUGAAAUAAUCGUGUUGAGAUGUUGAGUUUAGUUCGCCAAAGAUGGCUGCUGCAGUGUUCUUCACUCCCAACGCCUUCGCUCGUCGCAACGCCAAUCGCAGUAAAACACCAAACCCUAAAUUUCAGAAGCCGGUAGCACUCCCCGGCGGCGAAGCCACCACCUACACUCGCCUCCCGCUCAAGCACGACUAUUCCUCUCCUUCCCCUCUCACCUCUUCCGAAAUCAAGCUCUCCGAAACGGCGCCGCCGCUUACUCAACUCCACCGCAACCGCCAAAAAGAGAGCACGAUUUUCGAAGGCAAUGCCGAUUCCGAAUCCGAAAGCGACGGCGAGUACGAGGCCUUCGAGUAUUCGGCCGGCGAGACUGCGGAUGGGGAGGGCGAGGGGGAGUCACCGGACGUGAAGGAGAAGGGCGUGCCGGCGGUGAUGCGGUGCUUCGACCGGGCGAAGAUAUACGUGAAGGCGGGCGACGGCGGGAACGGCGUGGUGGCGUUCCGGCGGGAGAAGUACGUGCCGCUGGGGGGGCCGUCGGGGGGCGACGGAGGGAGGGGGGGCGACGUGUACGUGGAAGUGGACGGGGCGAUGAACUCGCUGUUGCCGUUUCGGAACAGCGUGCAUUUCCGGGCAGGGAGGGGGUCCCACGGGCAGGGGAGUAUGCAGAAUGGGGCAAAGGGGGAGGAUGUGGUGGUGAAGGUGCCACCUGGAACUCUUGUGAGAAUGAGUGGUGAGGAUAAUGUGUUGUUGGAGAUGGUGUAUCCGGGACAGAAAGCGAUGCUCUUGCCUGGUGGUAGAGGGGGCAGAGGGAAUGCUUCCUUCAAGUCUGGGACUAACAAGGUCCCCAAGAUUGCGGAAAAUGGGGAAGAGGGUCCUGAAAUGUGGUUGGAGCUAGAGCUCAAGCUUGUUGCGGAUGUUGGUAUAGUUGGUGCUCCAAAUGCGGGGAAAAGUACACUUUUGAGUGUUGUUAGUGCUGCCAAGCCGGCUGUGGCUAAUUAUCCCUUUACAACACUGCUUCCGAAUCUUGGUGUUGUUUCCUUUGACUAUGAUUCAACCAUGGUAGUGGCAGACCUUCCAGGUCUGCUUGAAGGGGCACACCGGGGUUUUGGUUUAGGCCAUGAGUUUCUACGGCACACUGAAAGGUGUUCUGCCCUGGGCUUUUAUAGGUCCUCUCCAACAUGCCCAUAUCACCAAAGAGAAGACUACCAUCUUUUCUACAUUAGGUGCUACCCCAGCUUUUUCCCUAAUGCAUUCAUUCUUAAUCCUAUCUUGACCAGUUUAUCUACUCAUCAGGUACAUGUUGUUGAUGGUUCAUCACUGCAGCCAGAUCUCGAGUUUGAUGCAGUUCGUCUAGAGCUGAAACUAUUUAAUCCUGAACUUGCUGAGAAGCCUUAUGUAGUUGCUUUUAACAAAAUGGAUCUUCCAGAAGCAUAUGAAAACUGGGAAUCCUUCAAAGAAAAGUUGCAAUCUCGUGGGAUCACACCUUAUUGUAUGAGUGCUGUCACAAGGGAAGGUACUCAUGAAGUUAUCUGUGCUGCUUAUGAGCUUUUGCGUAGAAGUAAAGAAGACAAGGAGGAAUAUGGAGAUGGAAAAGAUAUGGUAACCUUGAACCAUGUAGCUGAGGCAGUAAAGAAGCAACGGAAUGCAUCCAUUAGUGAUUUUGAGAUUUUUCAUGACAGUGAUUCAAAUAUUUGGCAUGUAGUUGGAUCUGGAUUGCAACGAUUUAUACAGAUGACAAAUUGGAGAUACAAUGAUUCAGAGAGAAGAUUCCAACAUGUUCUUGAGGCUUGUGGUGUGUAUAAGUCUCUUAUGAAACUUGGUGUAAAGGAAGGGGACACAGUAAUUGUCGGAGAGAUGAAGAUGGUAUGGCAUGACUCUAACAAUUCUGGUGUAUCUAAGAUGAGGAAAAUAUCCACAGAUUCAGUUAAGUGGCCUGAAUGGAAGUAAUGCGACUCAGUUUCAAUGCUUCUAGACUCGUGUACUGCAACUAUGCCAUAGCUGUUCAUGUAGGAAGCAAAUUCAAUCCUAAUGAGGUAAUGAGGUGAUAUAGAAGAGGAUAAAAGUCACGAAAAGCUGCAUGAGAAAGCAUAAGGGUAAUGCAAGCCAUUACAUGCUUGUCCUGUGAUGGCAUGUUUGCUGGGUGCAUUUAGAAUUUCAAGUUCUUAUAUUUUGACUUGAAGCUGUGAUCUUCUUCAACUGCUCACGAGUAGGUCAGACUGCAUUCAUGUGGAUCGGAUAUUAUGAUGAAAUUAAAGUGAACAGUCAAAUUUCAAGUUAGGCGUGAAGUCAUCAUAAAAAGCGACUGGAUUGAGAUUGUUGUAUUUUAUCUCUAAAUUGUUUGUAGCUCAUUUUACUGGCUUGUUAACUAUAAUAUGGUUGAGAGACGAUCGUGAUUCUGUAAAGAAGGAAGAUGUUAAUGAUUGUAGGUGAAAAAUCCGUUAAGACAUCCUGUUAUUUUGGGGCAUGACAGGCUCCUCUGUCUUUCUUUACUGCACCAGUGUUAGACAACCUUCCCAUAAUUAUCAAUGUCUAUAUAUGUUGCAUCACAAGCUAAUAGGGCUAGGCCAUGUUUACAUGGUUCGUGUAUAUCAUUUGUUAGAAACCACCCUUAAAUUGUUUCUCUAGAAGCAAUUACAUUGGUAUCUUAACGUUCCUGAUGUGAGAAUUGAGAUGGUCUUGGUUUUACA